AUGGUCAAUACGAAGAGUACGAUUCAAGAACAACCUCAACAAGGAAUUGUGGAGCCAGCACCUGACAUUCCAACUGGAAAAGAGUACUAUAUCCCGCAUAAAGGAGUUGUCAGAGAGAAUGCUGAAAGUACCAAGCUCCGAAUUGUGUACGACGCGUCAGCAAGAGAGAAGGAUAACCAGCCAUCCUUAAAUGACUGCCUCCACCCAGGGCUUCCACACCAGAACCGUCUGUGGGACAUCCUCGUAAGAUCGAGAUUCUACCCAGUACUUCUAACGGGUGAUCUUAAGAAGGCAUUUCUGCAAGUUCGAAUAAAGAAAGAAGAAAGAGAUUCCUUACGUUUCCACUGGAAACCCCCAAGCAGUUCCAAAACCACCAUCCUUCGUUUCACCCGAGCCCUAUUCGGAAUGACGUACUCACCAUUCCUCCUCGGUGGAGUUAUCAAUAAGCAUCUCAACACUUGGGAAAGUCAUCACCCCAAGCUGAUUAAAGAAAUUCGUGAUGGUCUAUAUGUUGACGACCUAAUGACCGGUGGCGAGACCGUCGAGCUCACUGCAGUGAAGAAAGUCAUAACCACAGAAGUGUUUAAAGACGCCACAUUCACCGUUCACAAAUGGCACUCUAACGCCUCAGAACUAGAAACAACCAGUGACCCAUCAUCUGAAGAGUUGUCAUAUGCUAAACAGCAACUUGGAGGAACAAAACCCUCAGAAGGCAAACUGUUAGGCCUUCCCUGGAAUAGAGAAGAAGACACGAUUAGCGUCAUCAUCCAGAGCGACCAGACCGAAACGACCAAGAGAGGAGUGCUGUCUCACCUAGCCAAAAUCUAUGACCCUCUGGGACUAGUGUCACCGGUAACACUUAUUGGCAAACAGCUCUACCGCGACAUUUGUGACAGCAAAGUAUCUUGGGAUACUCAACUUCCAGGACCGUUUCUGAAACGCUGGAAGGACUAG